UUUUACACAGCAGCCUGACGCUCCGCCCACACAUCCGCGCAUGCGCUCAAGGAUGUGGGGUGCCAGCGGCUGCCCCGGGCACUGGCACGCUCACCUGGGCACGACCUGACCAGUGCCACCCAUACCCGGAGCGGACUGUGACCUGCCUCUGAGCGCGAGGCAGCUGGCUAGUGGACGCCCGUCUCCCGUCGCGUGGUGCUGCCUCCCAGUAAAUAUUUACUGACCUGACACUGGUGACGGUGUGGCUGCGGGUGAGCAGUGUUGUGCCUGGUGGCGCGGCGCCUUACCGUCCUCAGCGAACCGCCUCAGCGCCACCAUCACGACUCUGGGCCUCAGGAGCGUGGCGGGCACGGCUGAGUUCGGUGACCUGGCACUGCUGGCCAGCGCGGUGACCAUGAAGGGCGAGGAAGAAGGCGGCGUGGCGGCCCUGGCACCUCUAGUGCCGCCUGAGGAUGCCCCGCCGCCCCCUAUUACAGAGGUCCCAUCAGACACCCCCACCGGCGUGGCCGCCCCUUCCGCCAGCAACGAAAAGAGCUCUGGAGGUUCUAAGCGGGGCGGCGCUCGCCGUCAGGAAAAGCCACCCUACUCAUAUAUCGCCCUCAUCGUCAUGGCCAUCCAGAGCUCGCCGCAGCGCCGCCUGACUCUCUCCGAAAUCUAUCAGUUCUUGCAACAACGCUUCGCCUUCUUCCGCGGCUCCUACACGGGUUGGAAGAACUCUGUGCGCCACAACUUGUCGCUCAAUGAGUGUUUCAUCAAGCUGCCUAAGUCCAUGGGUCGGCCUGGCAAGGGACACUACUGGGCCAUCGACCCGACGGCGGAGCUUAUGUUCGAGGAGGGCUCCUUCAGGCGGCGGCCGAGGGGCUUCAGAAGGAAGGUGCAGGCAAUGAAGCCCUACCAGCUGUACCAGGGAGCAGCGCCUUCCCUACCUUCACACUACGACAUGUGCGGGACUCCUGCCGCCCAAUACGGCCAGUACCCACCCUACCAGGACUACGCGAGUUACACCCAGCCCGCCACAUCGUACAGCGCCAACAUGUACACGCCGUGCUCUCUUACCUCCUACAGCACCAGCGGGGGCGGCGGCGUGGCCGAGUACCAACCCACGUCCCCGGGAGUCUACCCGGGCAUGGCGCCCACCGCACCCCUCCCGUCCAUGGGGCCCCUGGGUGACCGCGACAUGUGGUCGGCACUCACGCCCAACACCACACCCACCCUGACGCCCACGGCGACUUACGUCAAGCAGAGCAACAGCCCAACAAGCUCUCCGGCCCCCUUGACGCCGCCCGCAAGUGACAACAUGGGUGGGUAUCCCAUGGGCGGGGGCCAGGAACACUCCACCCUGCACACGCCCAUCGUCACCAACACCGCCCACGUGACUCCCUUCCAGCCCACUCAUCCGCUCCACCACCACCAUCACCACCACCACCACCACCCGGAGCUCGCAGCCAUCCACAGCAUGCGAGGGAUGACCCAACAACAACAGCAGCAACAACAUCCCCAACAACAGUUACAGCAGCAGCAACAGCAGCAGCAACAACAACAGCAGCAGCAGCAGCAACAACAGCAACAACAACAAAUGGCAUCGUCAGCGGUGGUGCCCACCUACGACAAGCGACUGUGGACUUCGCCCUCGUCCAUGCCUGGGGGCGGAGCUCUCACGCCGACGCAGCCAACCAUUGGAGGAAGUCUGUGCCCAUCUCCCACUCACCUGCUCCCUCACCACCAGGCCACGCCUACCCCGACACCCGCCCCGCCCAAUUAUUUCGAAUCUGUUAAAUACUCGAUGUAACCACCCCAGCCCGAGGAAACCCGAGAUUCAUGUCUUGACGGAAGACUCUGUAUUGUCGUUUUCUUCUUAUCUUUUGUAUUUUUUGGUGAACAAGGUGUUAGGGAGAGUCCUCUUUGUAAAUAAGCCAGGACGCGGCGAGGCGUGGCUCGUCACCACCGCCGCGACGCCUCCCGCCCUCAGCGCUGGGAAUUAGUGCAAUACUCAGUAUGUUAGUGAACCCCUCGCCCCUAGAGCCCUAGUUCACUCCACGAUUUUCUCUUAGACGUAUUCUCCUGACGGUAAGAACGUAUAUAAGAGUUUUCUUUCUUUAUAUGGAGGGUGCAGCAGGUGUUGUUGCGCGUACGAGCCUCUUGCAUCGAGUGUUGUGGUAUACCUGGUUAAGUCUGUAGACUAAGGACAGCAUUUUGCAUGUUUCCUGUUUGGAAUACCUCACUCUUACGAUGAAAUAUUCCAAGCUGAUAUCUACUUGGUAUUUCAAGCAAACCUAGCGCAAUAAUCACCUUACACAAUCAUCACAGCACACCGCGGCGCUGCCCGACGAGAGCCAUCCACACCCAGGCCGUGGCGCCGCCGCUACGUGCUGCCGCGGGCGCUGCUGUACCACCUGUGUGGCGUCACCGCAGAUGGACGAGACCGUGAGCGGCCUGCGCAGCAGUCCGUCUCCUGUCAUGACUUAUCUUUAUAAAGGCUUCUUGAAAUACCUUAGUAUAAAUAUUAAAUGAAAGACAAACAUGCUCACGCCUACACAACCCAAGCAGCGGCAGAGGCAGACGUGGGCGUAAGCAGCCGCCCACCAGCCUCGGUAGGUGCUUGCAGGCGUUAGCAGCCCUAGUCUGACUACUGUUGUUAUUACUGUUGUUGUUGUUGUUGUUGCGGGCAGGUGCCCAGAGACAGGUCAGUGACACCUCCGGGUUGGAGGACAAGUUUUGUACGACGCUAAUACGAUGCAUUUAAAUAUUUUGUAGAAAAUACAAUAAAACGAUCAAUAAAAAUAUUUAUAAAAACUAGGAACACUAAACACGUAAGAUUCUUAAUAGGUAGACUACUUUAUGACACAAGGAGCGGAGCGGGGAAGGCCCAUGCUGAGCGGCGCCCCGGGAGGCUCUGCGCCCUCCAUGGAGGCUUUCUGGACACAAUGCAUGACAUGUAAGAUUUAGAGCAGCGUGCCUGAGCCCCGCUCCGCCCCAACACCCCAGGCCACAGAUCCACCACCACGGUGCUGUCAGGAGGCAUGGGCGGAGCCGCCAGUGUUAUGGUUUCUGGAGUGCCAGCCUUUCGGCAGGGCUCUUCCCCUCCUCCGUUAAGUCCUUGCCCUUUCGCAUUUCCUACACUUCGUCCAAUUUUUCUCGCUAAACUCUCUCUCUCUCUCUCUCUCUCUCUCUCUCUCUCUCUCUCUCUCUCUCUCUCUCUCUCUCUCUCUCUCUCUCUCUCUCUCUCUCUCUCUCUCUCUCUCUCUCUCUCUCUCUCUCUCUCUCUCUCUCUCUCUCUCUCUCUCUCUCUCUCUCUCUACAUUUUGUCAUUAUUUUUGUUUCACUACCAUGAGACUCAUUUUUUUCAGUCACCUCCCGUCCUCUGCCUCCUCCAUCACCACCCAAACCCAAACACCCACCACAACUAUACAUUAAUUUUUCCUUUACCUUUCCCUUUUCUUUCUCCGCCUAUUCUCUCUCUCUCUCUCUCUCUCUCUCUCUCUCUCUCUCUCUCUCUCUCUCUCUCUCUCUCUCUCUCUCUCUCUCUCUCUCUCUCUCUCU